AUGGACGGGCGGGCGGGCGGCUGGCCAGCCUUCUGGGCCUGGCUGUUCACGCUGCAGUGGCGCAUCGUGCUCACCCUGCUGCGCGUCACCGGCCACUUCUGUGCGGUGGGGUGGCCACCAAGGUCCACACGGUUCUGGACGCGCUUCUGCGUCGCCAUCUGCAUUGUUGCUACCUCUCUCAAGAUCUCAAGCAUCCUACUCUAUGCCGCGAAUCAGAUCGGGGCAUCGAACGUGUCUUAUUUGGGGUGGCUUACAGGCAUACACACCAUCUCCAGGGGCUUGGUCACCAUCGUCCUGCAGGUGAUGUUGAUCUGGAGCCGCACGGAGCAAGCCGCCGUGGUGCAGUGCCUGAUCGCCUACAAGUCGUGUUGGGUACCCUCCCUCUGCUUGUCACGUGGCAUGGCCCUGGUUCUGGCAGGGUUCUUGGUGACUUCGAUGUUGCACCCCGUCACCGACUUCGUGCUCACGUGUCUGUGGGUCCCGACACAAAUGAUGACAAUCGCCUACUAUAUGAUCGACCUGCUGCCCGUAUUUCACACGAUGCUGGCCGGCUGUUCGAUUGCCGCCGUGCACAUUGCCUGCGUGUUUCUCGGCCUGGACGUGGCUGCCGAUGUUCAGGGCCAGAUCCACACCCUUGCAAGACGACUCGGUACGGACAUGAGUCCUGAGGAGGACAUGAAGAUCGCGCUGCAGUUUCGGGUGGUUCGAAUGAGGCAGCAGAUUCUGCAAGACGUAGUACUGGUGAGCAACCAGGCCCAUGGCGGAGCCUGCCUGUGCUGCAUGUUCGUCAUCGUGAUGGAAGCCUCAGUCAGCUCGUUCGUCGGCAUCACCUACUUGAGAACGCAAGGGAUUGUGCCCAUCCUCUGGGGCUUCUGCCUUUUAGGAAAGUUCGUAUCCAGCUUUAUCCUUGGCCAACAGCUGUGCAAAAUUCAUUUGAGAAUAGCAGACAUGGUGCAGUGGUUCCUGGUGCGCAACUCUUCCAUACCUAAUAGGACAAGGAGAGAAGUGCAGGGUUUCCGCCAUCAAGUUGAGAUGCAGGACUGUCGAUGUGGGGCCUACGAUCUGCUGUACUUCGACUUUCCAACAAUGAAAGCGGUCAGAUUAGCAGCGUGUUCAAUUGAUGGGGCCGCACUCGGAGGUCGAAUUUACCAUAUAUCUGUCCCCAAAAAUGUGCACGGAGAAAGAUAGAGUUUUCUUUGCUCGGAGCAUGUUCUUUGUAUUGAGUUUGAACUCACUUUUUAACAUCGCUUUCACACGAUUGCAGCUAAUGCAACUUUUUGGUUAGUGGGACUUGCUUUUCCUCGGUAUUCAAUCGAUCACCAACCAAGAUUUAGAUACAUAAUUGAGAAA